GUCAUGGGGAGAGCCUGGGUAGUGGUGCUGAUGCUGAGCGCUGGUUGUAAUAUUCAGGGAGUACAGCUGGUACAAGCACAGUCUCCUAGCAGACAAAGGUGACAUACCUCAUUCUGUAGACCUCGCAGAGAACCAAUCAACAACCUCAGCAAUAUGACACUAGCAGCCUACAAAGAGAAGAUGAAGGAGCUCCCCCUCGUGUCCCUCUUCUGCUCCUGUUUUUUAUCUGAUCCUUCAAAGAAACAGACUUACAAAUAUGAUGCAGAUACAAUUGACCUCACGUGGUGUGUCAUCUCAGACAUGGAAGUCAUAGAAUUAAACAAACGAACUUCCGGUCAAGCCUUUGAGGUCAUCCUAAAGCCACCUUCCUUUGAUGCUGUCCCAGAGCUCAAUGCCUCGCUCCCCCAACGCCGGGACCCGUCACUGGAAGAGAUCCAGAAAAAACUUGAAGCUGCCGAAGAAAGACGUAAGUGCCAGGAAGCCGAGCUCCUCAAACACCUGGCAGAGAAGAGGGAACACGAGCGCGAGGUCAUUCAGAAAGCCAUCGAGGAGAACAACAACUUCAGCAAAAUGGCCAAAGAGAAGCUGACCCAGAAAAUGGAGGUGAACAAGGAGAACAGGGAGGCCCAUCUAGCUGCUAUGAUCGAACGUCUGCAGGAGAAGGUUAGUUAAAGGAUAAGCACGCGGAAGAAGUUAGGAAAAACAAAGAGCUGAAGGAAGAAGCUUCCAGGUAGAAGGUGGUGGCUUUAUACAAUUUGGACUGAGGACUCCACGGGGUGCCUGAACUGCCCAGCACAAUAACAAGCAACCGAGACUCUUUUAUUGCUUUUCUUUUUUUUUUCUUUCUUUGUUUGUGAAUGUUAAAGAGAUGACGGCAAAAAAAAAAAAAAGUCGCCUUUUUUUCGGAGAAGCUUAGGUAUGGGAAUUUUGGGAGGAGGUAACGGGAGGGGUCGACCAUCUCAUCCGCAAAGACCUAAAGAAUCGUACCCUAGGAACCCAGGCUCCGAUGUCUUGCCACCGUGUCACUACGCAUACCAUACUAAACAAACAAAUUCAAAUAAGCCAGCUUGCCGCGACGGGAGCUGCGAACGGCUGCCGCAGAGCACACAAGCUAACCGUUCUCUACACCUGCUCUAGGAAAGGCUGUUUAAUGGCACUGAUUUUAUAUGUCUACCAUUGUAUUGUCAAUACAUACUGAUUUUCCCAUUUA